UUAAGUAGUUAAUGGCAACAUGAGGGAUGCUCUCGUUUCAGGAUAGUGUUUCUCCCUUGAUGGAGCAGUUGAUGUUUUUUCAUGAUCAUUCAAUAGUAGUUUUGGUGAUGAUUACAGUAUUGGUUUUUUAUUUUGUGUCUGGUAUUUUAACUAAUACUUAUUUAAAUCGUUUUAUUGUUGAAGGGCAGGAAAUUGAGAUUUUUUGAACUUUUAUUCCUGCUGUGCUUUUGAUUUUUAUUGCUUUUCCCUCUCUUCGUGUGUUGUAUUUGGUGGAAGAAGUUCAUUGCCCGGACUUAACUUUGAAGACGGUUGGUCAUCAGUGAUAUUGAAGUUAUGAGUAUUCGGAUUUUGUUGAUAUUGAAUUUGACUCUUUUAUAUUACCUUUAGAGGAGGGGGGAUUUCGUUUGUUGGAUGUUGAUAAUCGUACGGUUUUGCCUUGGGGUGUGUUUACUCGGAUUUUAAUUACUUCUUCUGAUGUUAUUCAUUCUUGGGCUUGUAUGGGAUUGGGGGUUAGGAUGGAUGCUGUCCCAGGCCGGGUUAAUCAGGUUUGUUUUUUGAUUAACCGGCCUGGGUUAUAUUAUGGUCAGUGUUCUGAGAUUUGUGGGGCUAAUCAUAGUUUUAUACCUAUUGUUAUUGAGAGAGUUUCUGUGGAUGCUUUUUUGAGUUGGGUGAGGACUUUUUAUUAG